AUGCCCAACCCAAACCCAGAAGACAAGCGCCAAGCCGCGCGCGAAGUCAUCGAUAUCCUCCACGAGAUCUCCAUACUUCUGAAUACGAAUCUCGAUCGCACGGAACUCUCGCUUUGCGUUUCGCUCAUUGAGAAUGGGGUUAACCCUGAUGCGUUGGCGACUGUGAUUAAGGACUUGAGGAAGGAGAAUGGGCCUACGCGAAUUCCUUCGCAGGCUGCUGCUGAAUGA